AUGGCGCAUUGGUCUCUGCCGUCGACGCCAAACCCGAAAGGUCCACCCGCGCUAAAUACCACCGUAUACCACUCUCCCAUCAACCCCUGGGCCUGGCCUGGCCCGCGCACCACCCACCACACGCUACCACCCACCAUCAUUCUUGUGGUUCUCAGCCUUCAAGACUACCCUAGACGCGAACUCCACGGCCACAGCUGCCACUGCGACUGCGACUGCUACCGCGACUGCUACCGCGACUGCUACUGCGACUGCUACUGCGACUACUACUGCGACUGCUACUGCUACUGCGACUGCUACUGCCACGCCUCCCCCCUGCUCCCAUUCCUUUUACUGCUUCCACCGCGUCCUGCGCACGGAACAAGUACCUACCUACCCGUACAUCCUGUUGGGGACGACUAGACUAGGGGAGAGGACCUGCCAACUGGGGUCUCUCGCCUAUCUGGGGCCAGGGGGGUGUAUGGUUACAACUCUCUUGACGGGUAGGGGGUAAAAAACAGUUCCAGGUGCAGGUGGGCGUACCGUGUCGCGCGACUCUGCCCGAGUUCUCUACCCCUUGUCCCUCGUUCCCGAUUGACCCAGCGAGUCGAGAGAGAUUGUCGAAUUGUUCGUGGCUCUCCAUAAAAAAAAAAACUAAUCAAAGCACACCCCCCCCCCCCCCAAAA